AUCCAAAUAAGAAGAAGAAGAAGAAAGAAAAAAAAACUAUCAUUUCGAAAAGAAGAAAAAAACUCUUCUUGUGUCAAACAACAGUCAGAGAGCAGGAAGCACAGUGAACUUAGAAUUUACGGAGAUUUAUCUGACUUCUGUUGCCAGGCUCUAAUCGUUCGUGCGACGAUACACGUAUGUACGCCCGCUUAAGAGAGUAUAAUCUGCCAGUUUUGCCAGGGCCUUGUAAACAAUCUCCGUAAACACGGAUCGUUCGAUCCAUUUAUAUCCUAUUUCGCGUUUACCAGUUACGUAAUAGCGCGACUUAAUCAGAAAUUUUGGCCAAUUAUGAUUAAGUCGCGCUAUUGGCCAAUCGCCCAAUUUAAACGGAAUCGGAAACGAGUAGCACACAUGGGAUCGAGAAAAAUUUCCGGGAAAAUUGGACUUGAUGAUGAAGAUUUGAUUUCAAAUACAGAGUGUUCUGCAACACACAGAUAAAAUAGGGGGUGAUCUCUCAUGAAACGAUAAAAAUUUGGUGGAAUAAAAUUUUGUUUGAAAAUCGAGUUUAGAGGUUUAACAAGUAUAAAUAAUAAUAUUCUAUAUUCUGCGAAAAUAAAUAUGAAACAUAGAAUAAAAUGUUUUUGCAAGGCGCUCCGUUUUCGAGGAGAUCUGUCAAAUUGAAAGUUCAUCAGGCACACGUGCUAUUUUCACGAAAACGUAGCUUUGAAUGGAAGAAUUUUAUUCGGCAUCUUUGACCUACCUUCGCACGCAGAAUAAUUUCCUGUUAAUUAUUUUCCUCUGUCACGUCUAGAAUCAAGUAUGCCAAUAGAGCUAAAUUCAAGUAUAUAGUUGAUGAAUCUUCGAGCUCGAUUCUCUCGGUAACAAAGCCUCAGACGAAAAAAAUUUUGUUCUAACGUUUCCGAUUUAUGUUUCCACGAGGAACCCUCUGUUCUACUUCCCACGUGUUACAGAACACCUCGUGUAUUGAAUGGACAAGGAAAAGUUAAGAGAUGUGCACCACUUUGGUUGUCGCUAAUCGGCUGGUUUCACCGCAGAGCGAACGGAAGGCGUUUCACUUGGCGUUUCACAAAUGGAACCGGGGAGAAAAACACUCGCUGCAGACUGUGGAAUUUACCAUAUACUUCGAUUUAUACUCGAUAGAAGUGUGAUCGUCAACGUCCCUACAGGUUAGUCCCUUGACACGAAUAGUUGCGUAGAAGGCAGCAAUUUUUGUAAUUAACGGAAGAACGAUUAGCUCAUCUUCCGUCGAUAUCGCACGAACGAAAUGAACGAUAUUCGAAAUAAUUCCCACGUCUUUAUAUUUUAAAAAUUUAUGAAAAAUUAGAUUAGACGACCGUUCGAGUACAACACUAUUGAAUCAUAUAUAAAAUUUAGAAUAUUUUUUUCGUAUUUUAUAUUCUCUACGAUGAAAGUACUAACUAAAAUAAAAAUUUCAAAAUUAAGUAAUUUAUCUUUAAAUUAUUACAAUCUCCAAUGAUAUCAGUUGUGCGUUAAUAGUAUCUGCUAGUAUUAUAUAAAUGAAAUAGCAUUCGAAAUAUUUCAGUAUCUCGGUUUUAAAAUAAAAAUUAGAUAAACAACUCCUCAAGUAUAAUAUUAUUGAGCCAUAAAUAAAAUUUAGGCUAUUUUCUCCUACUUCAUAUCCUCUAUGAUAAGAUUAACUCUUUUAGUAUCCAAGAACCGAUACAUUUUGUGUCAUUUUAAUUAAUAACUUUGAAUAUUUGUUGCACAUAUGAAUGCCUCUUAUUUCUAUAAAAUAUUUCUACUGAAAAGAUUCUUAUGCAUUCUUUUUCUACGACAAUGCUUUGUAGUGCUGGACGAUGUAUAUAAAAUUGCAAGGGUUGCUAAGAGGGUUAAACUUAAGUGAUUUAACUUGAAAUUAUUCUACAUAGUUUCCUAUGGCACAGCUAUGCGUUAAUAUUUGGACAGAUCCAAUGGUCUUUUCUUUUAAUUCAAAUUGGUAAGCGAGAUCCACCACGACGACUGCUAAUCUUUUUCUCGUUUUUGGAUCUCUGAUUCGACCUUGUUUCUUCGUAAUCGUCAUAGUUUACGUCACGCGGCGCGAUACAAAUUCAUUUAUCAUCGUCUCACGCGACUACGGGGCCACAUUUCUAAUCUUCCGCCUCGACGAGAUACCGUAUUUUCUCUGAAUCAUUGUGACUCGCCGACCAGUCGCGCGCGUUUUAUGUCCGGAAACACCGAUGUCGUCCGUUGUUCAUUACGUUGCUUGUUCGUGAUAACCGUUCGCGUGUUCACCAGUGUCGUGCGUUCAGACACACGAUCGUUGAGAAACGAUACGCGAUCGUUUGAUUUUUGCUUGAAACAGAUGAGAUUUUGUUUCCCACACAGAAAUAAAUUCCCAUUAAUCUACGUGUACCAAUCGUAAUCUAUAAAAACAAUUGCGAUGAAAGAUAAAAAAAAAAAGUAAGAAAAGACAAACGUCUUUCUGGCAUCCAGAUACGAAACGAACUGAAUGUUCGAAGCGAAGUUCCGCGAAAAAUGUAUAUACGUGUAAAAAAAAAAAAAAAAAAAGUAAAAAUAAAAAAAGAAGGUAGCGAAAGUAGAGGGAAAAAAUAGCGUCUGAUGUUUCGGAAAAUGCAUCGGGAGCGAUCCGGGUGCCGAUCAACUUUUACGCACGAAUUAACGAACAAACGAGCGAACGUUGCGGUUCUUUGCCGGUUAGAGGACGCGGCCCUGAAAUUUAGGGGUUGUUUCCAGGCGAUUUGCGAACUGCGUAGCGAACACCAGCAGGGGAAGAGAGAAAGAGAGAGAGAGAGAGAGAGAGAGAGAGUCGUCGAGAGGGUGGUGUACGGCAGACAGGGCGUGGUCGUCCUUGAACCUACCUACACAGCCCUCCGAGCAACGAUUCCAUCUCUCUUUCUCAUCCUCUUAUCCGGCUACGAGCCUCUCCUUCCUUCCUCCCACCCUGUUUCCUUCCUUUCACUCUUUGCCCCUCUCCGAGCAUCCCCUCACUUUCUCUCCCACUUUCACUGCCUCGUUACGCUGGUUCGUCCCUUGGCUCGGGCCACCCUUUGUUUGCUCUGCAUAUGAAGCACAGAAACGAACAGUUACCUCUUGAUGUCCUUUUGAUAGGUUCACCAAGGCCUCUGCCAACGAUAUCGUGGAUAAAAGCUUUCGAUUGAAAUCCACGAAACAGUUCGACUUGAAUGCGAGAGGAAGAACACGUACCGUUGCGAAUACUUGAGGAUCGCGAUGUGAAACGUUGAAGUCAACGUGUGCAGCGAUGAAGAAUUAAGAAAAGAUCGGUUUCUACCGAUAUCAGAAGACCUUUUUUAUAACUGGCGAAAUUUGACAGAUUGCGAAUUUAUACUAUAUAUCAGCAACGAGUUCAGACCAAUUGCAAUUAUCCUAUUCGAUGUGAAAUGAUAGAACUGAACAAUGGGAACCUGCCAAACUAU